AUGCCUCCCAAAGCCCGAAACGUACCAGGACAGGGUAUCAGGAUGUCGUUUGGCGACGUCUUCAAGAGCAGCAAGGCGCUGAAGGCCGAGAGGGAGCUGGUGGCCAGAAAGACAGCGCAGCUCAAGGCCGAGAACAAGAGACUCGCCGACCUGCACGCAGCGAUGGCACCGUACACCAUGGAAAAGCAGGCAAAGGAUGGUAGCAGCCCAGCAACAACGCCUCCAAGCCCACCAGGUCCUCCGCCAGCAGCAGCAGCAGCCCCUCCGCCGCCUGUUCUACCACCGGGCACCGUCCCGCAGAAGCCAGGAGCCAGUGCAGUUCCUGUCAUUGAAGUUCGGGACUGGACAGAUGAGGACGACGCUCAGUUGAAGAAGCUGAAGGAGGACAACAUCAGCUGGAGGAAGAUUGCAGAGACGAUGCGAUCAUCUGUCCACGAGCUGAAGGAACGCUGGCGAGUUAUCAGACCCGAGCCGGCUAAGCAGCCGCAGCCAGAGCCGGAAAAGGUCAAGGAAGACAGCCCUCAGGAGAAGAAAGCCGUCGUUGUAGAACCGUCAGCCAAAGAGAAGAAGGGUAAAGAAGCACCCAAGGUGGUAUAUACAGACGAGAGCCUGAGCACAGAGGAAGCCGUCCUACUCAGCAAACUCGCGGACAAGUACGACCGGGAGAUGUGGUUACGCAUCAGCUCCAAGUUCUUCGACAAGACAGGCAAGCGACUUGAUCCAGACGAAGCCAGACGGCACAUCCGCCCGUCCUAA